AUGCCAUACACUGAAUUCCACACUCGUCGGACCGAUGCCUCCAACGUUACGCUGCUCGACACCAACGGCGCUAUUCUCUACAAAACAGAUUAUAGUGGCCUUUUACUCAAAAUAGUCCAGCUCAAUGACAUGCCUAUUCUGAAGCGAUAUAUUGCAAAACACCUUAGACAUGCCCUGGCCCCAGAUGAAGCGGCUUACUACGACCCGUUCUGGGUUGCCGCGACGCAUGGAAGCACGGAUGCUCUUCGCCUGCUUCUUAAUCAUUAUAAGGUGGAUGCAGCUCAGUCAACACAACCGCUCAACGAGCGAGGAUAUCUCUUGCUGAAUGUGGCGUGUCGAUAUGCGCAGCUUGAGACGGUGCGGUUUCUGCUGGAUAGCCAAACCUCGUUGAAUAUUCAUGAUAGAGAUGGUUAUGGUAAGACGGCGUUGCUGUGUGCUACUGAUUCUCUUGUUUAUCUGGUUUGGAACGGAGGGAAUUAUGAUAACGUCAGACAGGAUUGGAUAAGCGAUCGCAUUGAUCGUGGCGAGGAAUUGAUAAACUUGCUCCUCGAUAUGGGCGCUUCCGCUCGCGACGCUAUUACCAUCAACCGCGGCCAGCAAAACGAUGAAGAUAGACAGGCGCAGCCGGUUGAUACUGUAGCCAUCUCCCAUGCUAGUUACAAGUGA